UGAUAAUUAGUUUUACUUAAUAACGGAGAGAGUAGUGUUGAAUUAUGUCUACAAAGGAUUUGUUUAUAACCGAUAGGGAAAAAGUAAGAAAAGAAUGGGGAAAAAAUGCUUCAGAAGUGAAGGAGUACAUUCAAAUUAUCAGGGAGUGGAUGAAAACUCAAAAACAUCUUCCAGAAAUUUCGGAUGACAAUAUGAUCGAAUUUGUUUUAACCAACUGUAAAUACAGCAUUGAAAAAACGAAACAAAACCUGGAUAUGUAUUACACAAUACGGUCUCUUAUCCCAGAAUUUUUUAAAAAUAUUCAUCCUACAAAAUCUGAUUUGCCAAACACACUUUCCAAAGUGACGUUGUAUGUACCUUUACCAAAGUUAACUUCUACAUUGCAUCGAGUGUCAUUCGUUAAAUACAUUGAAAUAAGUGAAGAUAUAUUUGAUCCUCAUAAAGUGGUGGCACACGGAUGCAAUUUAUAUGAAGUAAGAUUACACGAAGAUCUAGUAAUGGGGGAAAUUUUUAUUAUAGAUGCUAAAGGUCUUUCAAUGUCCCAUAUCCUCAAAAUUACACCAGCUGUGUUAAAAAAAUAUGUAUUAGUGUUAGAAAAAGUUUGGAGUAACCGAUUAAAAGAAAUUCACUGUAUUAAUUACCCGCCUUACAUCGAUAAAUUAUUGGCACUUACCAAGAUUUUUUUGAAGAAAAAACUAUAUGAUAGGAUUCAUUUGCAUCCAAAUAUUGAGAGUUUAUAUAAACACAUUCCUCGAGAUAUGUUACCAAGUGACUAUGGUGGAAAUGAAAAAUCAAUACAGGAAUUAUCAGAUUUAUGGCAAAUAAAAUUCAAAGAAUGUGAAAAGAGGUUCGAUGCCUUAGAAAACAUGGAAGUGAACGAAAGCCUCAGACCUGAAGUGCUCACAAAUUCUGAUGUUUUGGGAUAUUACGGCAACUUUAAGAAAAUUGAUGUAGAUUAAUGUGCUGGGAUAUAAAAUGACAAAAAUUAAAUUUAAGAACUAUUUAAAUAUAUUAUUAUAUUAAAUUAUUCGUUUAUGGAGAACAGAUAUAUGGACAUUUAAAAUUUAAGUUAUACGUUUUUAGCUUAUAAUAUGUUAUUUAGUUAUAAUAAAAUUAUUAAUUUUAAAAAUUUAUUUUUAUAAAAAUAAGUGCUGAUAGAAGUCUAAUUUUGUUUUUCUACGUCAACAUCUACAAAUUGUCAAAAAUGGCACCUUCUAGUAAUGCUAGUAAGCUAUGUUUAGAAUGCUUUAAAAAAAUGUAAAAUAUUGAAAAACUAGGUAUAGUACGAGCAAGAGAUAUAGUGUGACUUUAAAGCUUUAAAGCCAGCCGG